UUCUAUCAUCCUUUCUUGGGUAAAUUUGAUGUUUUUAUCAAGGUAAGAUUCAAGUUUUCUUGAUGGGUUUCUGUUAAUUUUGGCUAAUCCUUGAUGGGUUUGCAGGUAUGUGACAAUAGACGAAAACCAUGGGAAGAAAUUGUAUUAUUACUAUGUGCUUUCAGAAAGAAACCCUUCUCAGGAUCCAGUGGUUCUUUGGCUUAAUGGUGGUCCUGGUUGCUCCAGCUUUGAUGGGUUUGUCUAUGAACAUGGUCCAUUUAAUUUCGAAAAAACCGGAAGUUUGCCCAAGCUUCAUCUCAAUCCAUACACAUGGACCAAGGUUUCAAAUAUUAUAUAUUUGGACUCUCCUGCUGGAGUCGGAAUGUCUUAUUCCGGCAACAAAUCCGACUACAUCACCAUGGAUACGAAAACCGCUCUAGACUCCCACAAGUUUCUCCUUGAGUGGUUCAAGCUAUAUCCUGAAUACCUUUCGAAUCCAUUUUUCAUUGCGGGUGAGUCAUAUGCCGGAGUAUACGUCCCUAUGUUGUCUUAUGAAGUUAUGAAAGGACUUGAUGCCGGUGACAAACCCACUCUUAACUUUAAGGGAUACAUGGUCGGAAAUGGAGUUACCGAUGAUGUAUAUGAUGGCAAUGCUCUUGUUCCAUUUGCACACGGGAUGGGCCUCAUUUCGGAUGAACUAUUUCAGGAAGUUACUAAAGAGUGUCAAGGAACCUACUAUAGUCCUGCCAACGAUGAUUGUGAAAGCAAUCUUGCAAAAGUUGAUCAAGGUCUUGACGGGAUAAACAUUUAUGACAUUUUAGAACCGUGUUAUCAUGGUGAUAGUUCGAGUAAGAUUAGACUUGGAAAUACAAACUUGCCAUUGAGCUUCAGGAAACUGGGUGAGACUGAAAGGCCGCUUCCGGUUCGAACCCGAAUGUUUGGUCGUGCUUGGCCUUUUAGAGCUCCGGUGAAGGCGGGUUACGUGCCUACUUGGCCAGAGCUUCUCAAUAGUGCGGAAAACGUCCCAUGUACUGAUGAUGAAGUUGCAACAGUAUGGCUGAACAAUGAAGCAGUCCGGAGUGCACUUCAUGCCGAUCCGAUUAGUGUGGCGGGAAAUUGGGAGCUAUGUACCGAUAAGAUAAGAUAUUAUCAUGAUGCCGGAAGCAUGAUCAAGUACCACCAAAAUCUCACUGCUCGCGGCUAUCGGGCUCUCAUUUACAGCGGGGAUCAUGAUAUGUGUGUUCCUUUCACCGGGAGUGAAGCUUGGACACGAUCGUUAGGUUAUGCAGUUACCGAUGAGUGGAGGAAUUGGCAGGUCGAUGGCCAAGUCUCGGGAUUCGUACAAGGAUACGACAACGGUCUCACAUUUCUUACGGUUAAGGGAUCGGGGCAUACAGUACCCGAGUACAAACCGAAAGAAGCCUUGGCGUUUUACACUCGUUGGUUGGAAGGAAUGAAAAUAUAGGAAAUUCCCCUCGAUUGUUGUUAUCUAUUACCUGUAACGUAUUUAAUUUAAGAAUAAUUUGGUAACGUCGAAGGUUGUGAAUCGGAGGUAUUUGGAUUCUUCUCUUGGAUGGUAACACCUUAAAUGUCGUAAGUUUAAAUUUGGAGCUGACACGCUUCCGCUCAAAUACU